GGCAGGAGGACCCAGAGCCCACACAGAUUAAAGAGGAACAGGAGGAACUCAGGACCAGUCAGGAGGAAGAGCAGCUUCGGCUCUUUGAUACCAGCGACUCCAUACUCACGCCUUGCUGUGUGAAAAGUGAAUGUGAUCAGGAGGACCCAUGUCAAGAAGCCAUACUAGCUGAAUACCCAACUCUCAGUCUACUGAAAAUGUCUAAACUAAAGUUAUUUAGUGUGUUUUUAAAUAAGCGUUUAACGGCGUCUGCUGCUGUGGAGAUUUUUGGCGCCUUUGAGAAAACGGUAGCUGAGUACCAGGAGGAGAAUGAUAGCCUACGGAGACUGCUGCGGCUCACCCCAGAGAUAAAAUUAUGUAGAAUAGACUCCCUCCAGUCCUCUCUCGCUGUCUCUGAAGAGGAGAUUCCCUCUGAGCAGCAGCACUGUAAGCAGGAGUGGAGCAUCUGUCUGGGGCAGGAGGAACCAGAGCCCACACAGAUUAAAGAGGAACAGGAGGAACUCAGGACCAGUCAAGAGGAAGAGCAGCUUCAAUGGCUCUUUGAUGCCGAAGACUCCAUAUUCACUCCUCCCUGUGUGAAAAGUGAAUGUGAUCAGGAGGACCCACAUUGGUUCUUGACUCCUCCCCAAACCCAGACUGUGGAGAACAGAGAGUUUGACUCUAAACCAGUGAAUCUCAGACCUUUUGGCACUGUGACUUACCUAAAGGGUCUAGACACUUCCUGUGACACUCCAGAUAAUCAAAACAAUGCCUCCAGCCACAACUCCGCCAUAAGCAGCGACCGAGUCGGACUGAACAGCAGCCCACUAUUGGAUCCCAGCUCACCAUUGAAUCCAAACCCAUCAAUGGGGGAACACUGUUUGAAGCUCAGCACUACGUCUAAAAAAAUUCACUGCUGCCGUGACUGUGGUGAAGCGUUUGCUCUGAAAGCUGACCUGCAGAGGCAUGUGACUCUAGCCAAGAAAAGACUCAGUGAAUGCCACUUCUGCAAUAAAUGUUAUAACUCCAUCUGUAAACUGAAGGCCCAUGUCAGACUCUGUCACGGUGGGAAAACCUGCACUUGCCCUGUUUGUGGCAAGACCUUCAAAUACAAAAAAGAUCUGUCCAGGCACAUGAGGAUUCACACAGGAGAGAAAGCAUUCCACUGUGGUGACUGUGGGAAAAGCUUCAGUCAGAAGGGAGACCUAAAUAAGCAUAUACGGACUCACACAGGAGAGAAACCAUUUAGCUGUGGUGACUGUGGGAAAAGCUUCAGUCUCAAGGAGAACCUAACCAAGCAUACACUGACUCACACAGGAGAGAAAYWWUUUAKCUGUGGUGACUGUGGGAAAAGCUUCAGUCAGAAGGGGGACCUAAGUAGGCACAUACUGACUCACACAGAAGAGAAACCAUUCAUCUGUGGUGACUGUGGGAAAAGCUUCCGUCGUAAGGAUAACCUAACAGAUCAUGUUCGGAGUCACACAGGAGAGAAACCAUUUAGCUGUGUUGACUGUGGGAAAAGCUUCAGUGCCAAGGGGAACCUAAACGUUCAUAAAUUGACUCAUACAGGAGAGAAACAACAUGGCUGCUCAGUCUGUGGUAAAAGAUUCACUAAGAAGGCUUCUCUGCUGACACAUGUGAAAAACAUCCACAAAGCAAGAAGACAAGACAAAAAAUGAACAAAGAAAGAAAAUUAGGACAUAGACACAGAGAGUAGGUUUUCGGUGUGUACAAUAAAUGCAUUAUGUGGGUGGAACACAGAAUGAAACAAUAAAAGCCCUGUGGUUGUA